CGGAGCUUGCAGUGAGCCAAGAUUGUGCCACUGCACUCCAGCCUGGGCAACAGAGCGAGACUCCAUCUCAAAAAAAAAAAAAAAAAGCUCAAUGAAUCCUGAGUAAGUGAACCGGCAGGGAGGGUAACAGUAGGCCCUUGCAGAACAGUUGUGAGGAAUCAGAUUAUCAGAGCCAGCAUGACUGUCACCAAGUAAGUGUUCGGUAAAGGAGUUGGUUAUUAUAGCUGGAUCAUUUUUCCUUGGGGGCAAGAAGAAUGUAUUAUUUUAAAGAUGAUACUGUUAAGAUUAUGAACUAUGGGCCAGGCAAGGGGGAUCACACCUAUAAUCCUAGCACUUUGGGAGGCAGAGGUGGGCGGAUCACCUGAGGUCAGGAGUUCGAGACCAGCCUGGGCAACAUGGCAAAACUCCAUCUCUACUAAAAAUAGAAAAACUAGCCAGGUGUGGUGGCGCCUGUAAUCCCAGCUGCUCGGGAGGCUGAGGCAGGAGAAUCGCUUGAACCCAGGAGGCAGAGGUUGCAGUGAGCCGAGAUUGCACCACUGCACUCCAGCGUGACAGAGCAAGACUCCGUCUCAAAAAAAAAAAUAGUGAACUGUGGAGUUACUUUGUUUGGUUUCCAGUACUGACCGCUCGUUACUAGCUGUAUGAUCUUAGGCAAGUUACUUUACCCCUCUGUGCCUCAAUUCCUUCAUCUCUAAAAUGGAUUUAAGUACCUACCUCCACCCCCUUGCGAAUUUUUAAUAAAUUAUUAGAUGGAAUGCACUUAUGUAGUUCCUGGCACAUAAGGGCAAUAUUAAGUUUUAUGAUGAUGAUGAUUUGACCUUCCACAGAGCAUACAGCGACAGGCCGUGGCCACCACCUCCCAUCUCUAGUCACAGACUCCUUAUGGCAGCCCCUUGGUCCAGAAAUGGAAAGGAGAAGAGUGCGCAAGCGCAGUGGGGCAAAGUCGCCUGGGAGGCCCGAGCAGGCGAUCUGGCCGCCAUCUUGGGAGAGGGCAACGCCGGCAGCUUCCAGCAAUGUGUAUGGGCUGGCAGGCGGCGCCGGCGAGCGCGGGGAGCUGCUGGCCGCCACCCUUAAAGGCAAGGUGCUCGGCUUCCGCUACCAAGACCUCCGACAGAAAAUCCGGCCAGUGGCCAAGGAGCUGCAGUUCAACUACAUUCCCGUGGACGCGGAGAUUGUCUCCAUCGACACUUUCAACAAGUCACCCCCCAAGCGGGGUCUGGUUGUGGGGAUCACGUUCAUCAAGGAUUCAGGGGACAAGGGCAGCCCCUUCCUGAAUAUUUACUGCGACUACGAGCCCGGCUCUGAGUACAACCUUGACUCCAUUGCCCAGAGCUGCCUGAACCUGGAGCUCCAGUUCACUCCGUUCCAGCUGUGCCAUGCAGAGGUCCAGGUCGGGGAUCAACUUGAGACUGUGUUUCUCUUGAGUGGGAACGACCCGGCCAUUCAUCUCUACAAGGAGAACGAGGGGCUGCAUCAGUUUGAGGAACAGCCCGUGGAAAACCUCUUCCCAGAGCUGACGAACCUGACCAGUAGCGUCCUCUGGCUGGACGUCCACAACCUCCCCGGCACGUCCCGACGCCUCUCAGCUCUGGGCUGUCAGAGUGGUUAUGUCCGUGUCACCCACGUGGACCAGCGGAGUCGAGAGGUUCUGCAGAUGUGGUCGGUCCUGCAGGACGGCCCCAUCUCCCGAGUGAUCGUGUUCAGCCUCUCGGCCGCCAAGGAGACCAAGGACAGGCCACAACAAGAUGAGUACAGCGUGCUCGUGGCCAGCAUGUUGGAGCCAGCAGUGGUAUAUCGGGACCUGCUGAACCGGGGUCUUGAAGACCAGCUUCUCCUGCCCGGCAGUGACCAGUUUGACAGCGUCCUCUGCGGCCUGGUCACCGAUGUGGAUUUGGAUGGGCGGCCAGAAGUCCUGGUGGCCACUUAUGGACAGGAACUGCUGUGUUAUAAGUACCAGGGCCCGGAGUCGGGGCUUCCUGAGGCCCAGCAUGGGUUCCGCCUGCUGUGGCAGCGGAGCUUCUCCAGUCCCCUGCUGGCCAUGGCUCACGUGGACCUGACCGGGGAUGGGCUGCAGGAGCUUGCCGUGGUCUCCCUGAAGGGCGUGCACAUCCUGCAGCACAGCCUGAUUCAGGCCUCGGAGCUGGUCUUGACCCGGCUUCGACAUCAAGUGGAGCAGAGGAGACGUCGACUACAGGGGUUGGAGGACGGGGCAGGUGCAGGGCCUGCUGAGAAUGCAGCCUCUUAAGCACCCACGCACCCACUCUUCCCAGACCUGAGGCGACUCAUGGCAUGCUCACCUCCAGCCGCUGGUGGGGCGUGUCCUGAAGGACAGGAUGCUCUUCCCAGACCUCCCCAGGGUGGUGAAGCUGUGCCCUGGGACCCCAGCUAACCCACUGCUCUCUCUGGGCCUCAAUGUCCCUAUUUGAAAGCGGGGAUGAUCCCAUUCCACCCUGUCCACUCUGGAUGAGAAUUGGCCACCUGAUGGUUAUUUAUACGUCCAGAAGAACAGCA